AUGGGCAAAGAAACUCCUCUCGUCUCCUCGCGGCGACUAUCCAACGCCGAGGGCGAUCCAGUCGCUGUUGUCCGCGUGCGAAACCUCCAGACAAUAAUCCAAGGACCGAAGGAUGCCUGGGGUCGAGGUUCAAAGCAGCAGCCUUUGCUUAUAUCCGCAGAGGUCUCACUGACACAUGCCUUCCCCUCAUCCUCAGCAGACGACAAGGUCGACUCCGACACGGUGCACUAUGGUCUUCUGAGCAAGUCUAUCCUCAGCACUUUGGAGAAGUUGCCAAAGUCAGCCUUAUCGCUGAGUGACGUCCUGAACAGGCUCUGGGUCGACCUUACUGGUUUCCAGUAUACCGGUGUCAAGGACCCUUCUGCUAAGCAGACAAAGGCUUUCCUCCAGACUAGCCUUAUCCGACGCCUAUCAGUCUCGCUAGUUCUCCCUAAGGCCUCGUUGAUGGGAAGUGCCAUCAGGCUCACCGGCUCUUGUCUCUUUGUUGAUUCGGCCAUCACGGCGCGAAGCUUGGAACUGGGUCUGGAAGGAAUCAGAGUACCUACGCUCAUCGGUGUCAACAGCAAUGAGCGAAACGCCAAACAAGUUGUUAUCACAAACAUCAAGAUAGAUGAGUAUCAGACAGCCCAUGAUAACUACGCCGUCAUAGAAAGCAUUAUCGUUGAUGCCAUGUCGGAAUCCUCAUUCGAAACUCUGGAGGCUUUGGCGGCUAGCAUUGCUUUCCACAUUGCCAGGGAACUGAGGACCAAGCGGGAUGACUUUUAUGGAGAGAUCAUUCGCAUUGGCCUUGAGAAGCCCACAGCUGUGCCACUUGCUGAAGCUGCUUGUGUUGAGUUGACAGUCAAGACUGAGGAUGUCAAGAUUAAGGUUUCAAAAACCAAGGAUGUGAGGUUUGACGACACAAGGAACAAGGUUGCAGGUUCAGGCAAGUCGUAA